GUCGGAUCCGCGGACGCGGACGCGCCUUUACUGUAACGGUUGAACCACAGUCCACCAAGAGCAGAGCAGAGCAGAGCAGAGACGAGACGAGUUGGACUGGGACACGGUUGCGCUGAACCCUCUCGAGAUGCCUUUUCAUCUAAUUGAAUUUCAAGCAAGCGAGGACAUUGCUGUUGUGCCAAUUGACUGGUAUGAUGACGGGAUGGUGUACUGGCUCAACUUUAAGAGCACUGAACGUGUGAAAAGGGCAGCUGCUAACGAGGAGAAGCAUGAGCCAAACUGGCCAAGAUAUGACGUAAAGGUCAUCAGAACUUGUGACACCUACAAAGACGCCGUUAGGCUUAUGAAUCAAUAUCAGACCGGCUGCAACACCUCUGAGCUACAGUCUGAUGCAGAGCAGGAGGGUGAGCUGCCAGAGAAAAGAGUCAGGAAGCCAGUCCAUCGUUUCGGGGACUCCGAUGAGAGUGAAGAAGAGCCAGAAAAUGGUGACUUUGCAUCUCUGAGGUCGUCACGACCUUUCAAUUUGCCUGGUGUAUCAGCUGAAGCCUCAAGCUCAAGCCAAUUGCACUGGCAGACUCCACCAUCUCACCGAGUGCCAGGCAGCAGAGUAACUACUCCUCAACCUGGAGAAAACUGUCUAGCACCUGACCAUGGGGCAGGACAGCAACACCCUUCACCACCUCAACUACCUGCACCCGCAUUUAACAUGCGGAGAGUUACUCAAGGAACGGCAGGCCCUCCACAACUCCCUCCACCCCCCGCACCAGCCCUCAACAUGCGGCGAACAGAGGAGCCCUGUUCAAGCCUGACCUACAGACCAACAUGGCGAGGGGGAAGAAUGACCGAUGCCAUUCCCUGCUCUGUGGCUGAGGUCCACAUCCUUAGCCUGCUGGAAACCAUUAAACAGCAACAAGACCAGCUUGUGGCAAGGGUGAACUACCUCAGCAGCAGGCUGAACAGCACCCCGGGGCCAGAUGUUGAGAUGCCCGACAAUAUCCAUUUUCCCCUGGAACAUUUGGAGGCAGUGGAGGCAUUUGAAAUGUUUUUAAAGGAACCGUCAAAUGGCCCAGCUCGACAGAGAGUGAUUUCUUCUUUAGCCACCAUUGGAGGCCAGGAUGUGAAGAGGGUGACCUGGAACAUCCUGGGCAGGCUCUUCACAGAUGAGGUGUCUCCUCAAAUAAACUGGAAGGGUGUUAAUAACAAAAAGCCCUUCAGUAGGAUGGCAACGAAGACCUUGCUUUUCAGUGCUGUGAGGAAAAACACGGUGACACGGUCAGCCACGGAUGCGGAGGUCACCAAGCACGCAAUCAGGUGGUUCAACCUGGCGGGGGAUCGGGCAACGAGGAGACGUGUCCCGCCUCCAUCCACACAAACGGAGUAAUAGGAAAAAUAAGCAAUAAACAACCUUUUUAUUGAACUUCUUGUCGUUCACCAGUUAUUCAUUUUCUGAUAUUUUAGCUGUGCAUAGCGCAGCAUUUCAUUGAAGUUGUAGCCUAAUAG